GAGGACAGCAUUCAAACAGAUCUGUUGUUGCUUUCGUUUCGGCAAUGCCUCUCUUCACGUCCAAUCCCUUUGACCAAGAUGUUGAGAAAGCAACCAGUGAGAUGAACACAGCUGAGGACUGGGGCCUCAUACUAGACAUCUGUGAUAAAAUUGGACAGUCUCGCACUGGGCCAAAAGAAUGCCUUCGGUCUAUAAUGAGGAGGGUCAACCACAAGGAUCCCCAUGUUGCUAUGCAAGCAUUGACACUGCUUGGAGCAUGUGUAUCAAACUGUGGGAAGAUAUUCCAUCUGGAGGUCUGCUCAAGGGAGUUUGCAAGUGAAGUCAGUAAUGUCUUAAAUAAGGGGCACCCCAAAGUGUGUGAGAAGUUGAAGGCUCUGAUGGUUGAGUGGGCGGAGGACUUUCGUAAUGAUCCCCAGCUCAGCCUCAUCUCUGCCAUGAUCAAGAACCUGAGGGAGCAAGGUGUCACUUUCCCUGCUGUGGGUUCCCAGGCAGCUGAACAAGCCAAAGCCAGUCCUGCCCUUGUGGCUAAAGACCCCUCAACUUCAACAAACAAAAAGGAGGAAGAAGACCUUGCAAAAGCGAUUGAAUUGUCUUUGAAGGAACAGCGGCAGCAGCCCCAGACCUCUCUCUCUGGGCUCUACCCUAGUGCUAGUAGCCUCCUGACCUCUCAUAAGCCUGAGGGCAGGAAGGUCAGGGCCAUUUAUGACUUUGAAGCUGCUGAGGAUAAUGAGCUAACCUUCAAAUCAGGGGAAAUCAUCACCAUCCUGGAUGACAGUGACCCUAACUGGUGGAAAGGUGAGACCUAUCAGGGUGUGGGCCUUUUCCCGUCCAACUUUGUCACCGCGGACCUGACAGCUGAACCUGAGAUGAUGAAACCAGAGAAGAAGACUGUUCAGUUCAGUGAAGACAUCCAGGUGGAAACCAUCGAGCCAGAGCCCGAACCUGUCUACAUUGACGAGGAGAAAAUGGACCAACUGUUGCAGAUGAUUCAGAGUGCAGACCCGACAGAUAACCAGUCUGAUGCCUGUGAGCUUCUCCAGCUGGAGGGUGCCUGUAACCAGAUGGGCCCACUCAUUGAUCAGAAGUUGGAGGAUAUUGACAGGAAGCAUUCAGAGUUAUCAGAGCUGAACGUUAAGGUUAUGGAGGCAUUGUCGCUAUACGCUAAGCUAAUGAACGAAGACCCAGUAUACGCCAUGUAUGCCAAACUGCAGAGCCAGCAGUACUACAUGCCGCAGGCUCCUAACGCCUCUCAGCAGGUUUACCCAGGCCAGGCCUCCGGAGGCUCUUAUGCAAUGAGUGGAACGACAGUGCAGGGCUACAGUGUUCCAAUCGAGCAACUCCCCUCUAUCAGUCAGACAGGCACCACCAUGGCAGGCCAGCCUGCACCCAGUGAUGUUCACAUGUACAUGGGCCAGCCUGCGGUUUAUAACCCUGCUCCUGGCAGCAUGGCGCCAGCCGAUGUCCAGUCCUACCAGAACCCGGCCAACCCCCCAGCGGGCAUGGCCCAGACGCCCAACUACAGCGCCCCAUCCACCCAGAGCCUCCCACCCACAGUGGACACCCAACAGACCCCGUACCCCGAAAAAGCCCUGUUAUAGGACCUUCAGAGACUCUUCUAUCUUUCUCUCUCUCCCACUCACACGCACAGACACAACGGCAUAAACAUAAACACUAAAACAGUCCACCACACUACAAAUAUACACACAUAUGCUGUCAGACAGAAAAUACACCAAGUCACAUGUUCACAGAUGGUGUUUUGCCUCUGUGACCAACAAAUGCAUUCACAUACAAUUUACAUAUAUUGUUGU